UCAACAUCACCAUUUAAUUCAAUUCCAAUCCAUCUUGUUGAUCAUUCAUCAUCUUCUCUUACCAACCAAUCUCUUUGAAUUUUGUUUAUUCAACAAUUUACUUCACCAUUUUGAAUCUUUUCCCUUCACUUUUUAAUUAAUCCUUUUUGUUUGAACCAAAAAGGCUCUUCCUUUGGUCAAUCCUAGUUUUUGGCGAUUUGUCCAGUAUCUCUUUUUUUUUAUUCAUCUAUUUUCUCCAUUUUAACUAAAAUUCUUCAAACAUUUUCAAUUUUAUUCUAAAUUUUAAAUAUGGAUGUUACUAGAAAUCGUUUUGGCGGAAAUCUUUUACUCAAGCCUAAUAUUGAAAACAAACAUGGCCAACAAGGAGUUCUCUUUAAAAGAUCUACUGGUACCAGCAACAGUUCCUUAAUUAACCAAGUGAAAAGAUCAGCUCUCCAACAGACCACUAAUAUUCAAAAUAAAGUGAUCAAUGAGGCUUCUAAGCUUAACCUCAAAUCAAUUAAAGAUGAACUACCUGACCCAAUCAAACCUGUGUCAAAGGAAUCUAGUGAGUCAGUAGCCGAGGCUAAAGGUACCAAUAAACAAUCACAGAAUGUUAAACAAGUUACUGGUGAAUGUCCAGUUGAAAAGGUUGUCUCUAAAAUACCUCGACUCAGCUUGAGACCUUCAGGUAUUGCUGAGGUCAUCGCAAGGAGAGUUACUAAAAAUUGUUUCUCAAGCGCAAUUAUACCCGAAGACGUUGAAAAUAUUGAUGAAAACGACGAGCUAAACGUGUUCCUGACCACUGAUUAUGUUAAUGACAUUUACAAAUAUUUAAGGCAACUUGAGUCUAAAUAUCAAAUUAAACCAAAUAGUUUGAUCUCACAAAAAGAAUAUACUCCAAAGAUGAGGUCGAUUCUCAUCGAUUGGUUGAUCAGUGUUCAUUAUCAAUUCCAUCUAACACCGGAAACACUUUAUAUGACUGUUGGAAUACUCGAUAGAUUCUGUCAGGCUGAAAAUAUUAACAAAAAUAAGGUACAAUUGGUUGGUAUUACUUCAAUGUUCAUCGCCUCAAAGUAUGAGGAAAUUUAUCCACCUGAGAUGAACGACUUUGUUUCAAUGUGUGACAAUUUGUAUCAUAAAAAGGACAUAAUUAAAAUGGAGAUCGCCAUUUUGAAAGGGUUAAAAUUUGAAUUAGGACGACCACUGCCAUUACAUUUCCUCCGUCGAAUGUCAAAAGCCGCCCAUGCAGAUGCUGUGAUACACACCAUGGCCAAAUACUUAAUGGAAUUGUGUCUAGUUGAAUAUGAAUGCGUUCACUGGGAUCCAUCAUUAGUUGCGGCCACCGCUUUAUACACAACCCUACGAAUUGUAGGUGAAGGUUCAAACCCUUGGAGUUCAACCUUGAAAUUUUACUCUCACUAUAGUGAUGAGCAACUUCAGCCUUAUGUUUCGGUUCUUUGUAAAAUAAUUCUCCGAGCACCAAACUCUAAGUUCCAGUCUUGCCGUAAAAAGUAUGGGUCAACAAAAUUAUCUCGUAUCUCGAAACGUCCAGAAUUAGAGUCUCAAGUUAUCCAAGAUAUGGCCAAUGGAUUAUUUCUUGGUAAAAAAUCAACCGUCACAAAGCAAACUCAAUCUUCAUCAUCAUUAACAACAAUUCAAGAGAAACGUUAAUUGUGUUCUCACUAUACAAACAGAAACAAUAACAAAAUCCUCUCGUUCUCUUGCACAUUUGAGUGAAAAAUUGAAAAGAAACUUUUGAUGAUAAUAUUUACCUCCAUGAUAUGAUCCAGAUGAAACUAAAAAAAUCACCUAACAAUUAAGAGGAAAGAUUAAGCAUGAGUGAUAAAGAAAGAAAGAAAAAGAUUAACGACUGAGGAGCUUUUCUGUAAAAUCAUAUCUCUUAACCCUUAAUAAAUCUCCAUUCGUAUUGCUAAUCCAACUUUAAUCCAACAUAAAACAAUCAACAAAAAACCCAAAAAAAAUUCCUAAUCCUUCCCACCCAAUAUUCAAUGGAGAUUAUAUUUCUGGUUCUGAUUGUUCAUUGCCCAAAACCCUCUUCUCCCAUUCCCUGAUUUUUACUAAAUUUUGACUCAAAUCCUAAAACUGUGAUUUAUAAAUUACAAUUGUGAACAAUCAACAAAGGUCCAGUUGACUUAAUUGUCCACAAUUAAGACGACACAACCGCAAAGAAAACCAGACGCAAAGAAGGAGCUGAGAGAGAGAUAAUCUUAAUCAUCUUUCUUUAUGUGACAGAUGAUAUAUAUAUUUUUUUAAUUAAUCUUCCAAUUUAUAAAUUACUAAUCUUAAUUAACAAAGAAAACAUAAUAUUAACAAUAAUCCAAGAGACACAUUAAGAGGCUUGAAAAACAUAGUGAGACAAUAACAUGAACAAAAACCAAAAACAAUUAACUAACCAAUAAGUUAAAUUAUCGUCACACUCACACAAGAAACAAAAAAUAAACUACAAUUUAAAAA